UUCUUUUACCCCUUGGUGGAGGUCGUCUGCGACGGAGGGCGUAGUUGUCGGUGGCGGCGUAGUUGUGAAUGUGAAACCCCUUACAAGAAGACUGGUAAAGAAGAGUAAUGGAAGAUAAAAGGCAGAGAGCCAGAGUCCAGGGUGGCUGGGCUAGCCAGGGUAAUAGCAGAAUGACUUCAUGUUCAGCCUUUAGAAAUUCCAAUGCUAGAAAUCCAGCAUUUGCCAAUUCUGCACCAUCCACGUUCCAAGCAGAGGCAGAGCUUUCAUCUAAAAGACAGUUUGUUUUUAAAGCACCUGAAGAGGUUGUAUGCAAAGUCCCAGAACCCAGAAUAAUAGAAAAACAGGGUCUAUAUGAGAUCAGCACAUUGCCUUCAGGAAUAUCAAAGAUUCAUUUGAUUCCUGGCUUCGUUUCAUUGAGUGAAGCAGACUGGAUGUUUGAUCAGCUGUUGCAUGAAAUUCCAUGGAGGCAAAGAACACACAUUAGACAUGAUCGAUCUUACGACGAACCCAGACUCACAGCAUGGUAUGGAAAACUACCCUACACUUAUUCCAGACUUGAAAUGCAGGCAAACUCUGAUUGGCACCCACUACUGGCCAUGUUGAAGGAUCUAGUAGAAGAUUUCACUAAGAAUACUUUCAACUCCCUACUCUGUAACCUUUACCGAAAUGAAAAGGACAGUGUUGACUGGCAUAGCGAUGAUGAGCCUGCACUGGGAAAAAACCCCAUAAUUGCAUCGCUUAGCUUUGGUGCUACCCGGAUGUUUGAGAUGAGGAAGAAGCCUCGGCCUGAGGAUAACAAUGAUUAUACUUAUGUGCAAAGAGUUCACAUGCCAUUGGAUCAUGGUACUUUGCUAAUGAUGGAAGGAGCUACUCAAGAAGACUGGCAGCACCGUGUUCCCAAGGAAUAUCACUCCAGGGAACCACGUAUAAAUUUGACGUUCAGGACAAUAUAUCCAGAACCAGAGGCAAUGCAUACAUGACUGAAUGAAAUGCAGAACUGUGCUUUCGCUGCUGAGUCCAGAGUUUGAUGCUGACUUGGAUGUGAUGACCCAGCCAGAUUCACCAUUUGACUGCCACCAUCUCAGGGGAGAAGAAACUGCUUGCAAAGAGAACGUACAACUUUUGCAUAUUUCCAUUGAGCAAUGUAUUGUUUUCUUAGACUGCCUGCUAAUAUGUAAUCCUGAUGAUAAAAUUAUUUGUUUAUUGUUUAAAACCAGUCAAAAUGUUAUAUGCAUUCAGAGCGCAAAUGUUAUCUUUAGUGGAGAACAGAAAGGAUUUUUCUUCAGGAGGAAGACUAAUAAUGGAUUUCAGAAACAUUUCCAGUUUCAGAACUUGUAACUGUAGUUGCCAUGUUCAUGACCAUUUCGGCAAUGCUGGAGCAAUUUUGGGGGAAGAGGGAGCAGGGUAAAAGAAAUAUCUAGUAUAAUUAGCUGUAAUCCUGUGGAUGGUUUCAGUAGGAUCUUCUACCUAUACCAAUAAGACUAUUAUUACUGAAGAUAAAGCAAAGCUGUUUUAAAUAACUCAUGCCAUUCAAUCUAGCAUUCUGUUGUAUUAGAUGAACUUCAGUAAUAUUUGAAAAUAUAUAUCUAGGAACCUUGGCUUCAUUUUUCAAGACUCAGGAGCAUGUUCCUUCUCAAGUAUAGUUAUUCAUAAGAUUAGAUGGGGAAUGAAUGAUUACAUUCCUAGUUAUGAUUGCUCCGGAUCUUCAGUUGAGAAGCACUCCAGAUAUAUUUACAUCAGCAUCUUUUUUUCCAAAAAGAUAGUCCCUGACUUACAAUCACUAUUGGGGCCAGAAUUAGAAUGUGGUUGUUAACCAAAUCAUAUGAGUGGAACCAAUUUUACAGCCAUUUUUACUGAAGUCAUUAGGUGAACCACCAUGGUUGUUAAGUGAGUCACAUGUUAAGUGAAUAUUAAGUGACUUGCAGAGCUGUUAAGUAUAUCUACGCUCCCCCAUUGACUUUGCUUGUUGGAAGCCAGCUGGGAAGGUUGCAGUUGUGAUCACGUGACAUUUCAACCAUCAUAAAUAUGAGCCAUUUGCCAAGCCCCAAACUGAGAACGCGUGAUUGUGGAGUGUUGCAACUUCAAGGAUAGAUUGAUGUCACUUUUUCUGACACUUGUAACCCGCCCACCACCCACCCCUGUUAAAAGAGCAGUCUUAAAUCUUUAUACACUUUAAUGUAUAGGAGUCUGUGGGCUCCCAUAGGCCUUACUAAGUAAACAUGGUAAGGAGUUGUACCUGAGUGUUUGGUCUGGAAGUGGGCUCCAUGUACCCAGACAAGUCAAACUGAUGGGAUAGGAAAUGGAGAAGAAUAUAGCUGGCUGUCAGACAGCAACCUCACUGAGUUUACCUUUUGAUGGGUGUUUUUGUAAUUGGCUGUGCUGCCAUACCAACUGCUUAAUGAAAAGGUAAACUUCAGGGGCAAUGAAUGUCAUGUGAAUGCCCACAGGAUGGUCUUCAAAUUCCACCCCUUUCCCAAAUUAUUAGCUACUAGGUUAAUGUUAAUGUUUCAUACUUGGAUUAGGUACCCUAGAUGUAAGUGGCAAUGCUUUUAGAGGGGCUGCUGCACUGCUGUAAAUGGUUCUCUUCCUCCUUCUCCCUUGGAGCUUGUUCAUUACCUGCUUUGAUUCUGAAUGUGUGAUUCAGCCUUUUCUGCACAUUAAAAAAAUGACUAACUGGACAAUAA